AUGUUCAGGGCUAUUCACCGUCAAAUCCUGAUCCUCAUCAGUUGUUUUGCAUUGAUUAGGGCACAGCAUCAUCAGCCAGAAAUCCAGCCCAAUCCCGCAUGGCUCUACCCGAUGCCCUGGCGCCCUUUGAUACUGCCCACACCCAACCCUUUGCCUCAAUUGCCGAGCGUUUCCCAACUAAGUCCUGGUUACACGGGUCCCCAGACGUUUCCUCCAGCUGUACAGAAUCAACCGCAACAGCAGGCGCCUAACACCCAACCGCAGCAGCAAUAUCAGAAUCAGAAUCAACAAUAUCCACAGCCAUACCAACACCAGUAUCCGCAACAGGCCGUUUUAGUGGGUUUGUUUACUCCACAGCUGCAGGCCCACCCCUUGGCAGCUCCUCCCCAGGCAGGCCAUUUUAGCCUCCCCUUCAGACCAUCGCCCUUCGCAGGUUACACGGAUGAACAGGAUAAUGAUAUAGUUCACGAGCAGCGAAACAGUAUCGAAGAACAACAACCGCAGCAGCAACUAGAGCAACCUUUCUUACAUGGAAGGAAUGCGGAGAAACCGCAGCAGGACAUCGGAGGAGUCGCCCCGAUAGGCUAUGUCUACUUAUCCCCUAGUAAUGCGUAUAAUCUUGUAAGAUCUUAG